AUGCUCAACGCCGAGGCCGCGGCAUCUGCAGCCAUGGCCCGGCGGCGGGCGCUGGUGGGCCUCGUGGACGUCCUAGUGGAGCGACACAGUGCCGGCCGCUUAAAGCGUCGAUGGGUCCUGGCUACUGCUAUGGUCACCUUCUGCUACUGUCGGUAUGCCCUGCCGGCACUGGCCAGCUGGGGAUCCGGGCAUUGGGAGAGGAGUGUGGAUGCCAGCGAGUUCGAGCAGACAGUGGGUGGACACAACUCACACGUGAACUUUGCGGUUUUGGUCGUGGUCUCCUUGGGCUACCUCUCCAUGUUGCAUUGCUCAUCGAGGCUGAUGGAGGCACGGCUACCUAUCAAGAGUACCAUCUUCGAAAUCUUGGUUGUGUAUAACAUGAUGCAGAUGCUGCUGAACACGUAUGUGUUUCUGCGAUUGCUUCAAGAAGCCUGGCUGCAAGGGUUCAGCUAUCCGUGGGGCAAUCAGUUUGUCUACACGAAGGAUAGCCACCGGCUUGGCUAUUUCAUUUGGUUCCACUACCAUUGCUGCCAGCUCGAGCUGUUGGAUACGGUGUUCGUGGUCAUCCGCAAGAAGUUCCAAAAGAUCACGUUCCUCCACGUGUGGCUGCGGCUGCUGAACAUGUGGGGCUGGUUCUUUGCUUGCCGCUAUGCCUGCGGUGGUGACACCUACUUUCCAGCUGCUGUGAAUGCUGCCACGCGGGCCGUCGUCUACGCCUUCUACAGCCUCUCGCUGCUGUCCCAGCGGGGAGUGCCGCUGGUGCGCAAGGCGCAUGUAACAGAACUUCAGAUGUUCCAGUUUGCGAUUUGUGCUUGCCACGCGCUGUUUUGCAUGUACAGGUUUUGGGACAUGCAGAUUUCGCGAGCCGUCCUGUUACUGUACUUCUUGGUCAUGACAAGCGGUCUUAUGCUCUACACGGACUUCCACUACCAAGCGGAUGGAAAGUCCGUGACAAAGCUUGAAGCCCAAAGGAAGAUCAGCAUUGCAUUCGACUCCAGUGGUUGGCUGUAUUGCUAUCACUUCGGUGUAGCAGCUUGGCUGCGUGAGCAUCUGGUGCCCGACGACCUGAAGCCUGAGGAGGCCGAGUCCGAGAAGUUCCCGAACCACCUGGCCUUCAGCGGAUCAUCGGGCGGCGCGCUGGUGGCCACCGUCCUGUCCUGUGGUUUGCAGCCGAAGGAAGUCUUCGAAGUGGUGCUCACGAAGCAGCCCGAGUGUGCCUACAAUCCAUUCCGGAUGCUCCCCGCGGCGGAGGACGUGCUGCGCAAGAUGCUGCCUGCCAACGCUUAUCGAAGCCUUUCUGGCCGCAUCCGCGUCUUGCUGACCCGGGUCUCCUUCAAGUUUCCCUUCUUGAGCGCAGAGGUGGUGAACAGCUUCAAGCUACCGUUAGCAUUUAUCAACCUGAAUCAUGUGGCACUGGAAGGAUCAUUGGCGGCAUGGGGCCUUACCGUUAUGUGUCUGCCUGGUCCUGCCGGUCAGCAGCUCCUCGACAAGGAUACGGAUAAGGCCACCGCAGAAGGUCUUCGUCGCCGGCCAUCUGGCAAAGGCCGCCUCUCGCUGAAGCCAGAGGGUACCGAGGAUGCCGACGGGGAAGACCGUGAUCGCUGGUUCGAAAUCCAAAAAAUGCUGCUCAAGAAGCCGGACGGCCUAGUGCCAGAUGUGGACCCCGCAACUGGCCAAGCUCCCGAAGAGUACAUCGAGCUCAUGGAAGCUGCCAUGAACAGAGAGAGGAUGUGCAUUGGAGGGAUGUCGAUGGUGAUUUGCGUGUUGGUCUUCAUGUGGGUCCUGGUUGGCUGGCUCUGA